GGGGGUCCAAGACUGGGUUGUCUGAGGCUACUGUACGGAGGGAUUCUGUGCUUGGCAAAAUUUCGCCCGCAUUCCCCUAGUUUGUGCUCAUUCUGGUCUUUAAAAAUCCUCCGAGCGGAACCGGUUAUGCCUUAGCGAAUGGGGAGAGGGGGGAAGCAAAAGAAAGCAAGGAAGUAUGCGACCAUGAAGCGAAUGCUUAGUCUAAGAGAUGAGAGGCUUAAAGAAAAGGAUAGAUUAAAACCUAAGAAGAAGGAAAAGAAGGACCCCAGUGCACUGAAGGAAAGAGAAGUCCCCCAGCACCCUUCCUGCUUAUUCUUCCAAUAUAACACUCAGCUGGGCCCACCUUACCACAUCCUCGUUGAUACCAACUUUAUCAACUUUUCCAUUAAAGCCAAACUGGACUUAAUACAAUCAAUGAUGGAUUGUCUGUAUGCCAAGUGUAUUCCUUGUAUAACUGAUUGUGUAAUGGCAGAAAUUGAGAAAUUGGGGCAGAAGUAUCGAGUGGCACUAAGCUCCCUGCUAAUGAGGCUGAGAAGGCAACAGAAGAUGGCUCAAGUGCUUGUGCCCUACUGCUCAUGUGAAUGGUGGAGUUCCUGGCUUCAGCCUUGUGCAGACCUGGCUAUUGCAGCUAUUUGAGGAGUGAACCAACGGAUGGAAGAUUCUCAUUCUCUACCUCUCUCCCUCUCUUUGUGGCUCUGCCUUUCAAAUUAAUAGAUAAAUCUUAAAAUAAAAUUUCUGUCUUACUCCAGAAAGCCCCCUUGGAAUUAGUUGUUCUCAGAGUAUUUCUGUGGACCCUCUGGGCCUCAGAGAUCUUGGCAGGGAGUCCACAAAGCUGUUUUCAUCAUAUCACUGAAAUGUUGCCUUUCUCACCAUGUUAGCAUGUAUACUGGUUGCAAAAUUGCUGUUGCUUUAGUACAAACCAUAGCAGUGGGCUCAUACAAUUCUAUUAUUGAUUGUAUUCACUGCCACCCACUGGCAGGUUUUUUAAAUAUUUAUUUAUUUUUAGUCAUUUGAACGGCAAGAGAGACAGAGACAGUGGCAGAUGGAGUGAGAACUUCCCUCUGCUGGUUUAUUCCAAAUGCCUAUGAAAGCUAGAACUGGGUCAGACUGCAGCCAGGAGUCCAGAUCUCAAUCUAGAUCUCCCACCUGGGUAGUAGGGACCCAAGUACUCAAGUCAUCACCCAGUAGCUCUCAGGGUGCACAUUAGCAGGAAGCUAGAAUUAGAAGUGAAGCCAUGGGGCCAGUGCUGUAGUGUAGCAGGUAAAGCCGUACGUAUGGGCGCCGGUU